AUGGCGAGUCCCACCCCGCUGCCGUGGGCAGACCAGCCGUAUGCGCUCCUGGCAACGCCACCCCAGAACGCCCACAGCGCAACCAUAUGCGCCUACGAGAUGACAAUGGCCCACAACCUCUUCAUCCGCUCCACGAACAGUAUCCUCCUCCAAGCACCGCACAUCUCGGACUCUACCACACCGGCUACCUACAAUCCCGACGACGUCAAAGAUAUCCUCUACUACACCUCCGCCUUCCUCAAAACCGUCGACCACCACCACCACGUCGAAGAAACCGUCACCUUCCCGCUCCUCGCAGCCGUGCCCGGUGUUCCCUCCGGCUUCCUCGAUCCGCCGGUAGAGCAACACCGCGGCUUCCAUGAUGGGGUCGUGGAGCUGCAGAUGUAUUGCACAAAGCAUCUUGCCGAUGCAGACGGGUGGAGGUGGGCGGAGAUGAAGCGGAUUAUUGACGCCUUUGCGCCGGCGUUAAUGAGCCAUUUGACGGACGAGGUGGAGAUGCUGCUGAAGUUGGAGCCACUUUGCGAAAGCGCAGCUGUUUGGCAGUGCUGGCAAGCGACGGAGAAGGCGGCGUUGAACGAUGCGCGCUUCAGCAACCUCUACGACGUCUUCCCCUGCGGCCUCGGCAGCAGCGACCGCUCCUUUGAAGGCGGCAACAAAUUUCCGCCCGCGCCGGCGGUGUUAAUAUAUGCCGUGCAGUACUGGGGCGCAAAGCGCUGUGAACGGCCGGGAGCUUGGAGGUUUUGUCCGAGUGACUUCUGGGGACGACCGAGGGAGCUGGUGUUUUUGAGGGAGGUGAGGGAGCGGGAAGAGGCGAAGGUGGCGGAGCAAGGGGCGACGAGUUGA